AUCGCGGCGGUGCGCAGUGGAAACUGAGCGCGCAAUCAGUGCAGAGAGCCCGCAAACAGCCACCUGUUGACCGCUUCUCGUCCUCUUUCUUCGGGUAAUUCGCCGCUUAUCAGCAGAGCGCGGGCAGCACGUUUGGCUGCAUCUUUGUCCGAGACGAUCUGAGCUUCUGAUCAAUGCAAGUUGGUCUUGUUUCUGCCGCACCACACCCCCCUCCCAAAACGACCACCCUUACCCAUGCAAACGGGCUCAACCCUUCUUCAACAAACACUUUGACUUUUCUCGGUAAGGAGAGGGACUACUCGGCUCACUUUGCUGGUUUUUCUCACAAUAUUGGAGGAGGUUUUUAGUUCCACAGGUACCUGUUCUGAAACUUUUCAGCUCGGGAACCUGCGCAUCUCUUCCCCCCCGUGACAACUCUUUCCUUCAUCUUACUAUCGCGCGCAAGCCUGGGGUGACUGUCAGGCAGUCAUGCAGUAGAAGUGUCCCUACAAGAGAAACGGCGGACCUGAAGUUUGCGGUGCGCAUGAGUGGGACCAUGCCGGGACGACACAGCAGAGCACUUACAAAUCUGAGGCUGCUGCUUCUGUGCGUCUCCGUAGCCAUCCUCGCAUCAGGAGCGCACGCGGGUGGGAAGAAGCACAGUGGCGAAUGUGGAGGAAGAGACUGCAGCGGAGGAUGUAAAUGCUUUCCAGAGAAGGGUGCCAGGGGUUCCCCUGGGCCUCUUGGUCAUCAGGGCUCUCAGGGGCCUCCGGGGAGACCAGGUGAUUCAGGCAUCCAAGGACCAAAGGGGCAGAAAGGUGACCGUGGCCGUGGCGGCAUCAUCGGUCCUAAAGGACAUGUGGGAAUGACCGGCGUUCCUGGCUUUUCUGGAAACGAUGGCAUCCCUGGCCACCCAGGACAAGCUGGGCCCAGGGGGAAGCCAGGUGCAGACGGCUGCAACGGGACACAGGGAGAAGCAGGCUUCUCAGGGCAACCCGGCUUUAAUGGCGCACCUGGAUUUCCUGGGCAGCCAGGCAGGAAGGGAGCAAAGGGAGACUCUCUGGAGCUGAGUGUGUACAUGGAGCGCUUCAGGGGAGAUCCAGGCACACCAGGGAUCAACGGGAUAUUUGGGCCUCCAGGAAAGGAAGGGUGGCCAGGUAACAGUGGCUUCCAAGGACCAAAGGGUCCCCCAGGGCCUCCAGGUCCCCCUGGACCAAAGGGCACUAUGACCAAAGUGCUUAAAGGACUCAGAGGAGACCAAGGGGACAUCGGACCACCAGGCCUUCCAGGAAACUCCACUCAUCCACAUACUCUGCCCCCCUAUGGACCCCCGGGACCUCCCGGACAGAAAGGUCUUAAAGGAGAAACAGGAGCUCAGGCCGACAACAAAGGAGAAACUGGUGUAAUGGGAUUCCCUGGACCACGGGGUGCACCUGGUGCAGAUGGGCGUCCUGGACCAAAGGGGGAUCUCGGUGAACCAGGACCAAAAGGCAGAGAUGGUCUCAAGGGAGUCAGAGGUGAUCCAGGAGAGCUGAUUUCAUCAGGAUCCUUUUGGCCUUGGUCUUCAGGGGGUGGUCCUCCCGGUCCUCCUGGUGAGCAGGGUCCACAAGGCGAGAGUGGCCCGAUCGGAGACCAAGGCUUCCCUGGUCCCGCAGGACGCCCCGCCUCUGAAUCACAGCAACUAGUGCUGGACUUCAUGGGGCCAUUUGGUAUGAAGGGGGAGGCAGGAGACAAGGGCCCACAAGGAGAGCCAGGACAUCCUGCAGUCAGUCCAGGACCCCCAGGAUCCAGAGGGCGCCCGGGGGCCAUUGGUCCUCCGGGACCGAAAGGAACAUGGGCUGAGUUCUUCAAGGGGGCUCCCGGUGGGAGAGGACGACCCGGCAACGCAGGCGCUAAAGGAGUGAAAGGUGAUCAUGGGGAAUGUGAAUGCGCCCAUGUAACCUCUGUCAUGGGGCCACCUGGCCCUGCUGGUGAGCCGGGCGAUGCUGGGAUGACCGGAGAGUUUGGUCAGGAGGGUGAUGUAGGAGUCCCAGGUCCCCCAGGAGAGGACGGAUUCCACGGAUCUCCUGGACUCAGUGGUGUGCCAGGCCCAAAGGGUAGAAAAGGGGACACGAGCGUGGCCACGCAGAAAGGCAAUUCUGGAGAGGUAGGGGUCCCUGGGCAUUAUGGUGAGCCGGGAGCACCGGGUGCUCCAGGCCGAGCUGGUCUGCCUGGUUUCCCUGGGACCCGAGGUUUUCCAGGAGAUGCUGCCAGCGGAGAGCGUGGGGACAAAGGUUUCCCAGGCCUGCCUGGUCGCCCCGGUGCAGCCGGGCUGAGUGGAGAACCAGGUGCAGACCUCCAGGGCAUCAAAGGCCAACGUGGUUUACCUGGUGAUGACGGCCUCGCAGGCUAUCAUGGAUUUCCAGGAACACCUGGCAGCCCAGGCGGCUGUAGUCCGACAGGAGAUGGAGGACAGGUGGAUGUAACAGGUCCUUGCAAUGCUAUUCCAGGACCCCCUGGACUGCCUGGACCUCCAGGACUGACUGGACAACCCGGUUUCCCAGGUCUUCCAGGUCAAAAAGGACCACAGGGUCCUCUUGGAGCACAGGGUGAGAAAGGAGAAGCAGGAGAACAAGGCAUAGGUGGCCGUCCUGGACCACCAGGUUUUCCUGGCUCCCGUGGAGACUUGGGGGUUCCUGGCAGCACAGGGUCAGUAGGAAUCCCUGGACUGCCCGGUGUGCCCGGCCGGUACGGGGUGCAAGGUGAAAAGGGUGUUCAUGGAGAGAUCUUAGGAGCGUCUCCAGGGCCCCCUGGUGACCAAGGGUUGCCUGGACUUCAAGGGAAUAAAGGGCAGAGUGGUGAACAAGGACCGCCAGGCUUUCCAGGAGUGGCCGGCAUGCCCGGUAUGAUUGGCUUCAAGGGUGAGAGUGGCCCUUCAGGCCUGCAGGGGGAGGAAGGAAGACCCGGGCCAGCGGGUAAAUAUGGCUAUCCCGGUGAUCCUGGGAGCCCGGGUCCGCCUGGGUUGCGUGGUAGUACUGGACAGCCAGGUUUCUCUGGAGAGAGGGGUACUGAAGGAGACCCGGGCCCUCCCGGCCCAAUAGGAUUAAAAGGCACCGCAGGGGAGUACGGCGCUGAUGGCGUCACUGGAGAGUAUGGCCCAGCAGGUAACCCAGGACAGUCUGGUGGAGAUGGACGCCCAGGACUUCCAGGAAUGAAGGGAUACAAAGGGUCUUCCGGCAUGGCAGGCUUUCAGGGGAUCAGGGGAAAUCAAGGGUUGAAGGGCUUUAGCGGGCAGGUAGGAGAACCUGGACUGCUAGGCCAAGUUGGCCUGAAAGGAGAAACAGGUCCAAAAGGAGCGAAAGGUGAUCGUGGUCUGAGAGGACGGCCAGGGGAGAAGCCACACAUCCCAGCCCAGAUGAUCGUUGACAUGAAGGGAGCCAAGGGAGACCUCGGACCUCCAGGAACUCAGGGUUUCACUGGGCCGAGAGGCACGAAAGGUUUCCCUGGUGUGCCGGGCUACGAGGGAGCUCAUGGUCUUCCUGGAGACCCCAGCAAUGACAAAGGUUCCUCUGGAGAUCCAGGUGCACAGGGGCUGCCAGGGAUGAAAGGAAUGCCAGGCAUAACUGGAAAUCGAGGAAUUACUGGUUUUGAGGGAAUGUCUGGGACCAAGGGACUGAAAGGAAGCCCUGGUGCGUAUGGUGCAUCAGGAGAGAAAGGAAAGAAGGGAAUCAGAGGUGAGAAAGGCUCUCGUACAGACCUUCCAGGAGUGACCGGAUUGAGAGGAGAGCAAGGCUUUUCAGGAGAUCCAGGCCAGAAAGGAGUACUUGGACAACCUGGGGACAGGGGUUCACCUGGUUUUGAUGGUAUUGAAGGGAAAAAAGGAGGAACAGGUGACUCAGGAAUAUUAGGAUACGCAGGUCCAGAUGGGCAGCAGGGAACUCCUGGUAACCAAGGUCAAAAAGGCUUUCCUGGAAUUCCUGGAAAAGAAGGACCUCCAGGCUUCCCUGGCUUCCCAGGAAACAGGGGUUUCCCUGGACUGAAGGGUCUUUACGGAUUGCAUGGACUGAAGGGACAAAAGGGUGUCCCCGGAACACCAGGUCUGGAUAUCACUGGACCAGCUGGGGAGCCGGGGGCCAAAGGGGAGAAGGGAGAGGGCGGUGACCCCAACAACCAGCCAGGUUUUCCUGGUACAGCGGGUUUGAAAGGCCUCCAGGGACCUCUAGGUGACCAAGGUCAACCCGGACCACCAGGACUCCGUGGCCCCGUAGGACCAAACGGGACCCCAGACAGACCAGGAUCCAGAGGGGACCUUGGCUUUGCAGGGCCUAACGGGUAUCAAGGCUUCCCCGGAGCCAGAGGAUUUCCGGGUGUGGAUGGUCCCCCUGGAGAAAAGGGCGUAUCAGGACCCAAUGGGUACCCUGGACUCCCUGGUAGGAAAGGAUUCAAAGGAGAUCAAGGUCCAUUUGGAUACAGGGGGCCAAAUGGUGUUUCUGGGAAGAAGGGAGUGAAAGGAGAGCAAGGACUGAUGGGAGUCCCUGGUGUGGCCGGUGUGAAGGGAGAAAGAGGGCCAGCUGGUCCAAAAGGAAACACUGGACCCCCAGGUUUUCGUGGGCUGCCAGGCAACCAGGGUUCUCCUCCACUUCCCAUCAAAAUUCCAGGAGAGAGGGGCCUUCCAGGACCACGGGGUAUCCAAGGACCAAAUGGGUUUAGAGGGAGACAAGGGCCACAGGGUCCACAUGGGGAUGCAGGUUUGAUGGGACCCAUUGGACAGAAGGGUAUGCCUGGGAUUAGUGGUAGACCAGGGGUGCCUGGAUUCCGUGGAGAUGUCGGACAAAUGGGCCACCCCGGUCUGCAAGGCAUGGAAGGUCGCCGUGGCAACCCUGGUAUCCCUGGGCUACCCGGCAUGCCUGGCCGCAGCGUCAGCGUGGGUUACUUGCUGGUGAAACACAGUCAGUCACAACAGACACCCAUGUGUCCGGUGGGCAUGUCUAAACUGUGGGACGGCUACAGUCUUCUGUACUUCGAGGGUCAGGAAAAGGCCCACAACCAGGAUCUGGGUCUGGCCGGCUCCUGCCUCCCCCGGUUCAACACCAUGCCCUUCCUGUACUGCAAUCCUGGAGACAUUUGUUACUACGCCAGCAGGAAUGAUAAGUCCUUCUGGCUGUCCACCACUGCUCCUCUUCCUAUGAUGCCUGUAGAAGAGGGAGACAUCAAACCAUACAUCAGCCGCUGCUCAGUAUGCGAAGCUCCAUCAGUCGCCAUCGCAGUCCACAGCCAGGACAUCACCAUCCCAAAGUGUCCUGCGGGCUGGCGCAGCCUGUGGAUCGGCUACUCCUUUCUCAUGCAUACAGCCGCAGGAAAUGAAGGCGGGGGUCAGUCCUUGUCAUCGCCUGGCUCCUGCCUGGAGGACUUCCGCACAACACCAUUCAUCGAGUGUAACGGGGCCAAAGGCACAUGUCACUACUUUGCUAACAAGCACAGCUUCUGGCUGACCACCGUACUUCAGUCGUUCCACAGUGAUCCGGCAUCAGAGACGCUCAAAGCGGGCCAGCUCCUGUCUCGCAUCAGCCGCUGCCAGGUCUGCAUGAAGAACUUGUAAAAGACUCUGCAGCGGCGCUGACGCCAAGAAGCUGUUCGGUCGACAGCGGCCGAGCGUCGUCUCUCCAUCCGUGUAGUAAACCAGACCAAGGGGAAAUACUGAUUUAGCCACAGAGCCACAGAGAUAUGCAAUGACUGUGCAACGCCUUGAGCUUUUAGUGAAAUGUCCCACUGUAGAUGAAACAGGAGAAGCCCCAGAAUGAACCCGGCAGCAUUAUGGGAAAACAGGUAUUUUUGUGUUAAAUGUGGAUUGGUGCUUACUGUUUAACUUAUUACCUCAGCUACUCUGACACAUCGUUAACCGAACACUACAGCUGAACCAAAGAUGCCCGUGUGUAUGCACUGCUUCAGUCACUCUGGUGCUUUUAUUGUUUAAGGUGUACAGCCCACAGCCACUAACACUGCGUCUCCGCCAACAGAAGAAUGUCUCAUUAGAGGUCUUGAACAAUUAUUGAUACUCUUGACAGUAUUAUCCUGCUCCUUUUAUCCAAUGCUCUUACAAAAUCUAUUUUUAUGACUUAAUAUACUAUAAUAUGACUUUUCAAGCUGUUAAUCUGUUUUAUGCAUUUAUCAACUAUUGCAAAAAACUCUUUACCUUUCAUACAUCAUACGUUCACACAAUGCACUGAUUCUCUUUGUAUUUAUAUCAGCUGAAUGAACUUGACCUCCCCUCCUCCCUAAGAGUUUAAAUAUAUAUCUAAUCUAACACUGCUCGUGUCACAAAUCUACUAAUUAUUGAACCGCCCCAAGCUGCCAACAGGACAGAAUAUAAACACUUUGGAUCAAAGGUCUCACUGUAGCAGAUCCUUGCUGCGGUCACAGGUCCUGGGUUACAUUCCAGUAUUUUACAGUUUAGAGAGCAGUUCAAAUGCUCCACUUCACCUAGAUUCAUUUAUUUGAAAAUAAACCAUUUGAUUAGACCAGAAAUAUACUGACAUUUGUUUUCAUUGUAAUAUAAAUAUGGUAAUUUUCCUAACAUGAACAUUUGGUGGGAUCGUAAAGAUUAAAUGUUGUUUGUUAUA